AUGAUCAGAUGCCUUUGUGCGCUGCAAGCAUCCACACUACCACAACGACCAUCGUACAAUAUCUGUAUGACCCAGCAUGGAGAUGUAAUCAACAGACGUCCGGCUUCCAACUUGGAGAGACUGAGCAGCUUUGUCAAGGAGGCACAAAGGUCUUGCUUUCCUGAUCUGACAACUUUCCACCACAACCCUUCUGCCUCAGUCACACUCUCUAAUGGGUUUUUCAUCACCAAAAGUGCAAGAAACGAAGUUGCUAGUGGCGCCAUCAACGCGGAUGUGGAACUCUCCGAUAUUCCCUCUGAGUUCGAUGAUUUACGAUUCUACAAGGAGAGACAAGAAUCGAACGAAGCUCGGUCAAAGUUCCAAGUCUCCAGUGAAAAGGAACUGAACUUUCCUGGAGUUACGAUCGCGCUGCCUACCCUAGAAGGUUCCUUGCCAAUCUCUUGGACAAGACGGUCCCGACGGAAGUCUUGA